AUGGAUACCACCAAGGUCCCCGUCAAGCUCGUCAAGGUCACCCGCGUUCUCGGCCGUACCGGCUCCCGCGGUGGUGUUACCCAGGUCCGCGUCGAGUUCAUGGACGACACAACCCGCAGCAUCAUCCGUAACGUCAAGGGCCCAGUGCGCGAGAACGACAUCCUCUGCUUGCUCGAGUCUGAGCGCGAGGCCAGGAGACUGAGAUAG